GAAACAUGAAACAUUACUACCAGCUUUGCGUUCUAAUUGGCCUGGUGUUCCAGGUUCAGCCGGGUCCAAUACCACCACCUAGUGGAAAGCAGGAUGAGAUUCUGGCUAAGGCAUACCUGAAGACGCUGUACGAACUGAAAGAGGACAACAAGCAGAGCUAUGGGCGCAGGGCCAGCGAGAUGAGUCAGAAGCUGACUGAGAUGCAGGAGUUUUUCAGGCUAAACGUGACAGGAGUUUUGGACAGUGAGACCCUGGAAGUGAUGAAGAAGCCUCGCUGUGGAGUUCCAGAUGUGUCAGCGUAUGCUGUGUCUCCUGGGCAGCACAAAUGGUCUAAAAACCAACUAACUUACAGGAUUGAGAACUACACUCCUGACAUGACUGCGGCUGAAGUGGACGACUCCAUCCACAGAGCAUUGCAAGUCUGGGCUCGUGUCACUCCUCUGAGGUUCACCCGCAUCCACAGCGGCACAGCCGACAUCAUGAUCUCCUUCGGUGUAGGAGAUCAUGGUGAUGGUUACCCAUUUGAUGGACCUAAUGGAUUCCUGGCUCAUGCCUUUUUCCCCAGUCCUGGCAUUGGUGGAGAUGCCCAUUUUGAUGAUGAUGAGACCUUUACUUUCACAUCCACUCAAGGCUACAACUUGUUCCUGGUUGCUGCCCAUGAAUUUGGACACUCAAUGGGCCUUGAACAUUCCAAAGAUCCUGGUGCCCUGAUGCAUCCAACAUACAGCUACAGGAAUAUUAAUACCUUCACUCUGCCCCAAGAUGAUGUCAAUGGUAUUCAAGCUCUCUAUGGACCAAAUCCUGAUGAUGUCGACCCCGUUACACAUCCGGUCACCCCUGAUGCCUGUGACCCCAAUUUGGUCCUUGAUGCGGUUACAUUACUGCGAGGAGAGAUGAUGUUCUUCAAGAAAAACAUUUUCUGGCGUCGAAACCCAAUGGCUUCUGAGACUGAGCAACAUCUGAUUAAGAGCUUCUGGCCUGAGGCCCCAGAUAACAUAGAUGCAGCUUACGAGGACUCAUCAGAUGAUUUGGUGUACCUCUUUAAAGGUCAGAAGGUAUGGGCUAUCAAUGGCUAUGACAUUGCAAAGGGCUAUCCCAAGAGCCUCAGAAGUUUUAGCCUGCCCCCUAAGGAGAAGAAGCUCACUGCUGCCCUUCAUAACCCUGAUAAUGGCAAGACAUUGUUCUUCGUUGGCAAACUUUACUACAGUUACGACCACAGAGAUAAGAAGAUGGACAAUGGUUACCCUAAACGGGUAGAAGAGGCAUUCCCAGGAAUGACAGGAAAAAUUACUGCAGCUUUAUACUAUCAAGGUUUCAUCUAUCUCUUCAGUGGACCGCGCAUAUUUGAAUUCACCUCUGAUGGUGAGAGAAUGAUGCGGGUGAUGCAAAACAGAGAUUUUUUGCUGUGUUAAUGACUCAAAUGUAAUUGCCACGCAGGAAGUGGCAAAACAUCAAAAUGAUCUUUUUAAUUAUUUAAAAUCAGUACUCAGCAUUAUAAUGUAUUCUUUUUCUAAGUCUGUUUUGAAGUCACUUACAAUUUUUAGUUGCUUUUACAAUAAAUGGUUCAUAAACAA